AGAGGGUUGUGAAGAGUUGGGUGUUGAUUCAACAGGUGUUACAAGUGCGUGAUUGUUGUGAUAUUCGACAGAUUGAUUGCUUGAAACAGCUUUAGAAGUGUUCAAGGGUUUUGAAGUUCUUGGUGAAGAACAUGCUGUUGAGGACCAAGUGCAAGCUGAAGUCUACAGGUUGUUUAGUGUCUUGAAAACCGAUCAAGAAUUUAAACAAUUUUGCGGAAGUUUCUUCAGCGAUUACAAAAAAACACUUUUGUGAACCCUGGCAGUGUGGCCAGUUUGAGCGCUCCUCUCACGUCCGGUUUACAUGACUGACUGUGCGGGACGGCAAGGUCCCCCCAAAGUCAAGUACGACGACUGCGACACCGCUACCGGCCAGUGUUGCCAGCGGCUGGUCAAAUUUCCACGCCAGCAUCACAAGCCGUGGCUGCAGCAGCCGAGUGCAUUCUUCAAGGAGAGCGUAACAUGAGCGGCGGCCGUUGAGCAGGGUGAAAGUGAGAGCCGCCGCGUUCUUGGCCGUCCAAGAAGUGCAAGAAGUGGAAGAAGAUUGUGUGCAAAACAAGUCGAGUUUGAGCAAACGAAAAUAAACAAAUCCGUUGCGUUGCGUCGUCGUCGGCUGCAAAUCUUGCGAAAGUUUGUGCAGCGCAGUUUGGCAGCAGAAAUCGCUGGAAAAAGGUGCAAAGUUCUUCAAGUAUUCAGAACAAGUGUUCAAAAAAGAAAAAAAAACGCAAUAAGUAGAAGAAGGUGGAAUCUACAUUUGUUUUCCCCCGGAAGCAUUCCACGUUUGAAGUUUUGGCGGCUCGAUCCAACCUCUAUGGAGUUUCAGCUAGACAGCGCCGAGUACUGCCAGGCACAACACAAAUAAGCUACACGCCCGCCCCCGCGCCCUCGUGCCGUGCCGUUGCCGUGCCCACUUCCGUGAGACAUCCCCCGCCGCCGCAGCCGCCACCGCCCACCGCCGAGCCGAGUGUGUGUGUGGGAAGUGUGAGAAGGAGGUCCAUCCCAGCCCGCCGCCGAACCCGCCCGCCCUGUACGUAGGAGCGUUGAGGUCCUAAAAGCUUUGGAGGAAGAAGAAGGAAGAGGAAGAGUGUGCAGCAAGAAGAAGAAGGGAAGGUUGGACCUGAAAAGUGCUAACCCGAGAAGAAGUGCAGACUGUGUGUGAGUGAGAGAGAGAUAGCGAUAGCAAGCUAGACGGACCUCAGGUGAUCUCAAGGGGAGCCCGUACCUACAACUGACGACGACGAGUUCAGAGGUGGUGAAAACAGCUGACUUCCUGGUCCAAGCCGACGACUUCAAGUCCAAGUGUGCAAACUUGUGUCUGUUGUGUGUGCGCGCGUGCAACUCCACGUCACCGCGUUCAUUUUCUUCAAGUUUCUACUCCUUCCUGGUUCCAAGCUGAUCCAACCCAGAUUGGCCAGAUAUAUCUCUGCCAACUGCAGCAGCGCAAAGCGGUUGCGAACGAGUUCCGUACGACCUACGAACACACACACACGCGUGUAAAUUGCGGGUAAUCAUCCUAAAUUGAACAUAGCAGGUCGUUGUACCCACAAAGGCAACAACAACAACAAACAAACAAAAAACUCGUCAAGGAACGCCAACGCACGCAUCUUACGCCACCUUCAACGAGAGAGAUCGAGAGAAACAGAGCAAGAGAUAACCUUCAUUUUCCCAAACUCCCAGUGUUGACCGACGAGAGGUUCUGCGCGGCCAGCUCAUCCCUCCGGAAAGAGAAAAUCAGCGACGGUGAGAGCGGAGUCUGAUCUUUGUUGAAGCGCAAUUGCCGCCGAUUCUUGGGCAGAAAGUGUCGCGAAAACGUUCGUUGAACCAUCAGCUGAGUAGAGCACCCAAGAGCAAGAAGAAGAGGAAAAAAAUCUAAAUAUUCUAUUAUUUGUGAUAUAGUAUACAUCAUAUUUUUUUAAGAAAUUGAUUUUAAUCUCGGCGAGCCGAAGCAAGAGAGCAGGUGUAACACGAAGCUAGGAAGAAGAGGAAGAAGGCGUGAUUUUAUCUAGAGGAAGCAACACGACAGAUAAUAAACUAAAGCGGAGCAGCGCGGCCAGUCGUCUCGAUAGCAAACUCACCGAGCUGAGAGGUAGAACCGACAACUACUACUAGUACUACUCCUAAAAAACUAGAGAAAAAGGAAGCUACACUACUUACUACAAACCAGCAGAAGCAGCAGUAGUCGAAGAAGAAGGCUUGACAUCGUUCUUCCUACCGCGAGAGCCCACAAAACCCGGCCAAUCCUUUGGCACCGGGGAACCGUUUAAUGACCACCGUCAUCAUGCGUCAGAAGGACAUCCGACCAGCGCCCGCCCGGAUCGAGUUCAAGGGCAUGAAGUUCCUGAUCACCGACCGGCCCUCGGACCACAACAUCAUCGCUUACAUCGCGGAGCUGAAGAAGCACAACGUGUCGGUGGUGGUGCGCGUCUGCGAACCGAGCUACAAGAUCGAGGAGCUCGCCAGCCAGGGCAUCGCGGUGCGCGAUCUGGCCUUCGAGGACGGCACCUUCCCGCCGCAGCCCGUCGUCGACGAGUGGUUCGAAAUUUUGAAGCAAAACUUUCUGUACAGAUUCCAGGAGGACCCGGAUGCGUGCGUGGCCGUACACUGCGUGGCAGGGCUGGGCCGGGCACCCGUGCUGGUGGCACUCGCACUGAUCGAACUCGGACUCAAGUACGAAGCCGCGGUGGAGAUGAUUAGGGACAAGAGGAGGGGUGCUAUCAAUGCCAAACAACUAUCAUACUUGGAAAAGUAUAAGCCCAAGUCACGACUAAAGCACAAAAAUGGUCAUAAGAAUUCGUGCUGCGUGCAAUAAAACUAUCAAAAAUCCCACCAGUUAAAGUGUUCAUUUUAAAACAAAGAAAUCUAAAACGUGAAAGAAAGCCGACACAAAGCGAAAGGUA